AUGUCCCCAAUGGCUCGACCCUUGUCUGUACUCAUGGCCCUGGUGGCGCUCAGCUGUCACUCCAUCUGCUCGCUGGGGUGUGACCUGCCUCAGACCCACAGCCUGGCCACCAGGAGGACCUUGAUGCUCCUGGGACAAAUGAGGAGAAUCUCCCCCUCCUCCUGCCUGAAGGACAGACAGGACUUUGGAUUCCCUCAGGAGGUCCUUGGCGGCCACCGGCUCCAGAAGGCUCAAGCCAUCUCUGUCUUCCAUGAGGUGGUCCAGCAGCUCUUCCUCCUCUUCAGCACAGAGGGCUCGUCUGCUGCCUGGGAGGAGGGCCUCCUGCACAGACUCUGCACUGGGCUUGAUCAGCAGCUGACGGAGCUGGAAGCCUGUCCGAUGCAGGAGGCGGGGCUGCAAGGGUCCCCCCUGCUGAAUGAGAACCCCAUCCUGGCUGUGAGGAGAUACUUCCACAGAAUCACUCUCUAUCUGCAAGAGAAGAAAUACAGCCCUUGUGCCUGGGAGAUCGUCAGAGCAGAAGUCAUGAGAUCCUUCUCUUCAGCGAGACACUUGCAAGAAAGAUGAAGCAGGAAGGAAUGACAGAGCCCUGGUUCAACAUGGAAAUGAUUCUCACUGACCAACAAGACCACACGGCCA